AGCACUUUGAUCAUUGCAUUUAAUGCAAGAGGAUGAAGAAUACUACGAGUGGCUUCAAAAACGCAGGCACACUUAUGAAUUAAACUGAAGCAUCACUUAUAUUAAUUCUAGUGAUAGAUUUAAGCAAGCAGUGAAAUAUAAACAGUUCUACUAAGAUAAAAAGAGGAGAAAUAAAUUAUGUCAAUACUUGAUUUAUAUGACUAAGAUAGGCGAAACACUUUGCGCUUUGUUCAUUUGCGAUUUAAAGAAAUGAUUGAAAAAAUUUAAGAUGCAGCUACCAAAAUCCAAGAAGUUAAGUUUUGAAUGAUUAAAAUAUUUACAGCUGGUA